UGAGUGUUAUCCUCAAUUCCACAUGGUGCUUUGUCAUCUCCUAAAUAAUUCAUCUUUUUAUCUUUUUUUCAUCGCAUCGCCUCUUUAUUUUUUUGUAUAUAUUUUUAUAAAAAGUCAAAAAGUAUACUUAUUUAGAUCGUCUCAAACAACCCUCAGAAAUGGCAAAAGUGGACUCUGAAGUGUGGUUUAACGGUGGUGGCGAUGGAGAAGGGUAUGAUGCUGUUGUAGUGGGGUCUGGAUAUGGCGGCUCUGUGGCUGCCUGUCGGAUGUCAAUGGCCGGAAUAAAGGUGUGUUUGAUGGAGAAAGGCCGGCAAUGGCAAGCUCAUGACUUCCCAACCGCCUUUUUCAAGUUUAUGUCCGCCGUGAGGAUGGAAAACACCAACUUGGGUUUCACUUUUGGUCCCAAAGAUGCUUUAUUUCAGACCGGCCCCAAUCCGCGCGAGAAGGAAUCCAAAAUGGCCUAAAGAAUGGGAAAAAGAUUGGGAGAUGUGUGAAGCUUCUGCUUCAUCCAUGCUGAGAAUACAGAGUGUUCCCAUCAUGUAUCCUAAUGCCAAGAUCAUGAAGGGAAUAGUUGAAGAAGAUGGGUUCAAAGAAACCAGUGACCCAUUGAAGCUAAGUGUGAAUUUUGAUAUAGAAGAACAGUCAUCCAAUUCAUCAAAGUUUCAGGAGAUGGGCAGCUGCUUAGCAUGUGGAAAUUGUCUUGCUGGUUGUCCUUAUAAUGCCAAGAAUUCUACAGACAAAAACUAUUUGGUUUCUUCAGUCCAGGCAGGAUGUACCAUCAAAACACAAUGCCAAGUUCAGUAUGUGGUACAGAAUCCAGAUUACAUUUGUGAAAAGGAAGACAAAGUUAGCAGGAAAAAAAGGCGGCGCUGGCAUAUAUACCUCAAUGAGAUUGACUAUGUUGCAUCUGAUUUUGUUAUCCUCUCAGGUGGAGUGUUUGGCACGACUGAGAUACUAUUCCAGUCUCAAAUGAGAGGACUGAAACUUUCUGAGAGACUUGGAUCAGGUUUUUGUUGUAAUGGUAACACUGUCGCUUAUCUUGCUGGUAGCCCUGCACCAUUGGGUGCUUAUGCUUUGGACAAAAAGCAAUUCACAAAGAUACCUUUUCAGGAGAGGCCAGGCCCAUCCAUUUCUUCAUCAUACACCUCUUCGUUGGGAUUCACAAUUCAGAGUGCAGUACUUCCAGUGGCAUAUCCUUACCUUCUAUUUAAAGGGAUCUUUACUUAUGGAUGGCCUUCUGGCUAUUGGUUCCUACAUGGUAUUAUAGACACCCUAAAACGUGUGUUAGGAAUGAAAUAUAGCAAUGCACUGGUUUUCAAUGCAAUGGGAUAUGAUGAGAGUGAUGGAAAAAUAACAUUUGACAAGGACACUAACAGAAUCUGCUUUCAGCCACCCCUUGAUCAUUUACUACCAAGAAAAAUUGGAGUGUUUCAAAAACUUACAAAGAAAUUGGGAGGAAUAUUGUUCAUGUCAAGGUAUCGGAGCGCAUCAGUUCAUCUUUUAGGGGGUUGCAAUGCAUCAUCAGACCCUUCACAAGGAGUUUGUAACCCCAAUGGUCAAGUAUUUGACACAAAGUCUCAUAACUCAGUGCACCCCGGCCUCUAUGUUUGUGAUGCCUCCUUAAUACCUUGCUCUCUCGGCAUAAAUCCAUGUCUAAGUAUUGCCACAGUGGCUGAGCAUUUAAGUAGGAACCUUGUGUCAGAUGUUCUCAAGCACAAAAGUGACAAAGGUAUGGUUUUGGUAAAUAACUUGGGUGAUCCGAAGCCAGGCUCAAUUACUAGUGUGAAGCUAGAUAGCGAUCGAAAAUCAAUGGUUGUCGUUAAAGAAACCAUGAGAGGCUAUGUGGGUGGUAUGCCAUGUGUAGCUUAUCUCAAGAUGAAAAUGAACUCUAGAACUUCGAAGGAAUCGGAUAUAAAGAGUAAACUUAUCGGAUUAUCUCAUCCUCUGCUAAGGGGUAAAGUUGGAGGAUAUGUUUUAUUUAGUGCUUUGGAGUCUGAUAAAUUACAUAUUGUAGAUGGGGAAGUAGAUUUGUGUGAAGUGGAUGAAAGAACUCCGCAUACGCAGUAUAUGCACUAUACUCUCCUUCUUGCUGCUUCUUCUGGCUCAAGAUACAUUCUUGAAGGAAAGAAGGUAAUGAAGCCUUAUCUCUUUGGAUCAUCUGCAUGGAGGGAGACAACGACAAUGAACGUGACAUUCAAUAAAGUCUGUAUGGACAGUGCCAAGGAAGAUAUGCUGAACUUGAAAGGGAAGCUUAAUAUUUCCAUGAUAGAGCUCCUGAAGUGCUUGAUAAGCCUAGAAGGGAACAUGAGAAGAAGGUUUGUUGGUGUGCUAUUACAGAAUCUUUUCAAAACCUACAUUUUGCAGGUGCCACGAGGGAGUCACAAGGAAUUCAAUUCUUCAGAAUUACACCAAAAACCUUAUCAAGACAGCAUUCUCCACGAGAUACAAACAGAAGAUGGGUUUAUCAUCAGUUGCAAGCAAUGGAAAGGAGAGAAGAAACUAAAUCCAAUUCUCCUAAUUAAUGGUCAUUCCACUGAGAAUUAUUGGCUACCCACAGAACCAAAUGAUUUGGUUAGAACUCUACUAGAAGAAGGGUAUGAAACAUGGCUGCUGCAACCAAGAUUACACCCUUUGAAUCCUUCAAACAAUUUCACCAUUGAAGAUAUUGGCAGAUUUGAUAUACCUGCUGUGAUCAAUAAAAUUCGUGAUUUACACGGGCCAUUGAUAAAAAUACAUGUGGUUGCACAUUGUGUUGGAGGCUUAGCAAUUCAUGUAGCUCUUAUGGGAGGCCAUGUCUCUGCAGCCCAUAUAGCUUCUCUAUCUUGCACCAACUCUUCGAUGUUCUUCAAACUCACCACUUCAUCCAGAGUCAAAUUGUGGCUUCCCCUCAUCCCGAUGUCGAUGGUCAUACUAGGCGAGAACAAGAUCCUCCCUUUGUUCAAGACAUCAAAGGCAAGUUCACGACAAAAGCUCCUAAAAUAUAUUGCUCGUUUGGUGCCACGUUACGAGAGAUGCACCUGCGAUGAAUGUGAGGUCUUUUCUGGGAUAUUUGGUAACACAUUUUGGCAUGACAACAUAAGCCCCUCCAUGCACUAUUGGUUAAACAAACAGAGCUUACCAAGGCUUCCAAUGGCUGGAUUUCCUCACCUCAGAAAGAUUUGCAAUGCUGGUUUCAUUGUGGACAGCAGUGGUAAAAACUCAUACUUGAUACAUCCCGAAAGAAUGGCGCUCCCUACGCUUUAUAUAUCCGGUGGGAGGACUCUCCUUGUGACUCCCCAAACUACUCUUCUUGCAACUUACUACAUGAAGCUUCACCAGUCCGGUUUUAGACAUGAAAGGGUGGUUGUGGAUGGCUUUGGUCAUUCGGAUUUAUUGAUUGGGGAAGAGUCCUAUAAAAAGGUUUUUCCUCACAUUCUAUCCCAUAUUAGAUUAGCUGAGGAAGCAACAAAUUGUUUGCUGGACAGUGAGAAAAGAAAGUACAAUAAAGAGGCCUUAGCAUGGGGUGGUGAUCCAUUACAAGAAGGAAACGGAGGACUUUGGAACUAUAUUUCUCCUUUAGUUGCCACCUGGUUGCUCUUCGUGUUGUUAUUACAUGAAAGGGUGGUUGUGGAUGGCUUUGGUCAUUCGGAUUUAUUGAUUGGGGAAGAGUCCUAUAAAAAGGUUUUUCCUCACAUUCUAUCCCAUAUUAGAUUAGCUGAAGAAGCAACAAAUUGUUUGCUGGACAGUGAGAAAAGAAAGUACAAUAAAGAGGCCUUAGCAUGGGGUGGUGAUCCACUACAAGAAGGAAACGGAGGACUUUGGAGCUAUAUUUCUCCUUUAGUUGCCACCUGGUUGCUCUUCGUGUUGUUAUUGUUAGCCAUGGUAGUUUACUUUUUUCAUUAA